AUGGAUGAGCAGGAAGAAGAGGAAUCAACAGCAAUUAGGCCUAAGCCUAAAUCAGAAAAAACCACAUUUCAUGAUCUUGGAGUGGUUGAUGUCCUUUGUGAGGCAUGUGAGCGGCUGGGUUGGAAGGAACCCACAGCCAUUCAGAAGGAGGCCCUCCCACUAGCCCUUAAUAACCAAGAUGUCAUCGGCCUUGCUGAGACUGGUUCUGGUAAGACAGGUGCCUUUGCCCUCCCCAUUCUCCAGGCAUUGUUGGAGAAACCCCAAAGAUUGUUUGGUCUUGUCCUCACACCCACUCGGGAGCUGGCAUUUCAAAUAGCUGAGCAAUUUGAAGCACUUGGUGCUUGCUUGGGUUUAAAAGUGGCUGUCAUUGUUGGAGGCAUUGACAUGGUCACGCAGGCCUUAGCCUUGUCUAAAAAGCCUCACAUUGUGAUCGCAACCCCAGGUCGUCUGGUAGAUCACUUGGAGACAACUAAGGGCUUCAACUUACGAUCAUUGAAGUACCUGGUCAUGGAUGAAGCUGACAGAAUCCUUGAUAUGGACUUUGAGCAAGAAUUGGACAAGAUCUUGAAGGUGAUACCGCGAGAGAGGCACACAUAUUUGUUCUCAGCAACCAUGACCCGAAAAGUGCAGAAACUUCAGCGAGCUUCUCUGAAGAAUCCAGUCCAAGCAGAGGUUUCUUCAAAGUAUCAGACAGUAGCCAAGCUCCACCAGUUCUAUUUGUUUAUUCCCCUCAAGUUUAAAGAUGUCUACCUGGUGUCUGUUUUGAAUGAAUUGGCUGGAAAUUCAGUGAUGGUAUUCAGUGGAACAUGCAACAACACAUUACGUCUGGCCAUUCUCCUUCGCACACUUGGCUUCACUGCUAUCCCCUUACAUGGUCAAAUGCCUCAGGCAAAGCGUCUGGCUUCUCUAAACAAGUUUAAGGCCAAAUCCAGUGCCAUCCUUAUAGCCACUGAUGUGGCAUCUCGAGGCCUGGACAUUCCACAUGUAGAUGUUGUCAUCAACUUUGACAUCCCAACUCAUUCCAAAGACUACAUCCAUCGCGUGGGACGAACAGCUCGAGCAGGGAGAUCUGGGAAGGCCAUUACGUUUGUGACACAGUAUGAUGUCGAGCUUUAUCAACGUAUUGAACAUCUGAUCAGCAUGAAGCUUCCUCUGUGGGAGACACAGGAGGAGGAGGUGAUGGUGUUGUGUGACCGUGUAACAGAGGCACAACGCAUUGCAAAACUGGAAAUUAAGGAGAAAGAUGAAAAGAAGAAAGGGAACAAGAGAUCCAAACUCAAGGAUGAUGAAGAUGACACUGAAGAAGCCUCUGGUGUGCGGAAACGCAUUGGGAAAAUGAAGAGAAGGAAAACCACAUGA